AUGCUAUUCACGAUUGUGUCGACUGGAAAAGCUCUGAGUCAAUCUAGUUAUUCUUUUGAAUUUGAAUGUGUUCGCAAAUCAGUUUUUGUUCUUGCUUGUGAUCAAGAUUAUUUUGAUGGACUUCAAGAUGCUAUUCAUAUACUUGAUACAUAUUGGUCUGAUGAUAGAAUUAUUUUUUAUGAUUUGAGUAUUUUAAAUGAACAAGAAACAUUAUUUCCCUUUUCAUCUACUGAAAAAUUUGCAUCACAUAUUAGUACAUUACAAUUUUUUGCAUUUAAAUCAAUCGUUAUUCAGGAUGCUUUACGUCGUUAUGGUACAAUUAUCUAUGCUGAUUCAUCUAUUCGUUUUAAUUCUAAUUCAUUUAAUCCAGUUGUAAUUGAUAAUUAUAUUCGUGGUUUUGCUGCUCGAGAAUUACCUGAUCGUUAUCUAUCUUGUUAUACUCAUACUGAUACAUUUACUUGGUUUAAUCAAUCAUAUACUAAUUUUGAUAAUAUUUAUAUAGCUGAUGGUGGACUUAUAAUUGUUACAGAUACAUUUAUAACACGUCUUAUUAUGAAAGCAUAA